AUGACCCCGACCGCGGCGGUCGUCGUUGCAUUGGAGGCGCCGGCCCCGGCCCCAGCAGCGGUCGUCGUGGCACCGGCGCCAUCGUCGACGGCCGGGGCCGCGGCGGCCCAGGAGACCGCCGUUGAGGCGGCGGCGGACGCGCCGGCGCAGUCGAGCAGCGGAGGAGGAGGCGGAGACGGCGGCUCGGAGCGGCGGUCCCGGUUCCGGCGGAUCUGCGUCUACUGCGGCAGCGCCAAGGGGAAGAAGCCCAGCUACCAGGACGCCGCCAUCGACCUCGGCAACCAGCUGGUGGAGAGGGGCAUAGACCUGGUCUACGGAGGGGGUUCCAUCGGCCUCAUGGGAUUGGUUUCGCAUGCAGUUCAUGCCGGAGGACGCCAUGUCAUUGGGAUCAUUCCAACAUCGCUGAUGCCCAGAGAGGUAACCGGAGAUCCUGUUGGUGAAGUUAGAGCUGUUUCUGGCAUGCACGAGAGAAAAGCCGAGAUGGCUCGGUUUGCUGAUGCUUUUAUUGCAUUACCAGGUGGCUAUGGAACCCUGGAGGAGUUGCUUGAGGUCAUUACUUGGGCGCAACUAGGAAUCCAUAAGAAGCCGGUUGGCCUUUUGAAUGUUGACGGGUUCUAUGAUCCUCUUCUGUCGUUCAUUGACUUGGCUGUGAACGAAGGCUUCAUAACGGAGGAGGCAAGACGCAUCAUCAUUUCAGCUCCAACAGCCAAGGAGCUAGUUAUGAAGCUGGAGGACUAUGUCCCAGAGUAUGACAUCGGUUUGGUCUGGGAGGACCAGAAGCAGAAUGGCCUGGUCCCUGAGCUGGAGUCCGGGAUCACUUCAUCCUAGAAGAUGAUCCCUCUCAUCUUCCAGCCUGCUACAUAUCCUAGUGUUAUAUAUACAUAUAUAUAACUAACCGAAGCAUGCCACAGAUAUUUUGUUCAACUCCUAACCAAAGGAAGGGUAAAUUCUUGGAAGGAAUCUAGGGGACACCGGUGUGGUGGUCUCUUAUGUGCUGGCAUUAUUGAUAGGGGGUCGUUUAAUUUAGUUCUGGUGGCAUAUAUAGCGUAGCAUGAUUAGCAGUCCGAUGCCGUAGAUCUUGCAUUUAGCAUGUUAUUAGCAAGCAGCAGUCCAGCGCUGCGGAGAUCUUAUUUUGAUCUGGAAGAAAUAUAAUACUAGUACAUAUGUUAAUUGUCAUCAUUCAAGAACGAACAACGAGCUGGGUGGUGCGUCUCCAUGCAGCUGGCUCCUGCUGAAUUUUGUAUUGCCCAUGCUAUCCUAUCCUGCGUGCGUGCCAUCUCCAUCCUGAUUGUGAGCAACGGUUUCUAACGAGCUCCAGCUGUGAUUGCAGAUAUAUUUGCACAUGCAUGACUGAUCAUGUGUUGAUCAUGUGCCUGAUUGGGUUGCCGGAUAGCAGGGAUUCAUGUGUUAUGGGUGAUGGA